AUCCUGAGCUACACAACCGCUCAUGUCCUGUGAUUCGAGCGCUCGAAUCGUUCCCUUCCAACGCUCUGGCGUUGAUCCGCCGCCUGGGAAACGCAGUAGGUUCAAGCACGGAGCCUUCGAUUAUCGAACAUUCGUGCGUGUUGCUCCGGUUUGCCGCAUUGCGCAACAUGCAGAGCGUCUUGAAAAGCCUCACGGCGGUGCUGCUGGCACGUGCGGCGACGGCGGAGCUCACGAUCGUGACGCCGCACGACGCGCUGCCGGAUGGCGUGCCAUACACGCUGCUUCCGGUGGCCCAGCGGCCACUCUACCGCGGCAAGAUCGUCGGGCCACUCGUGACACCCGCAGCCCCCAACGCCACGGCCAUCGAGCUCAUCCCUGCGAUCGGCAACUGCCCCGCGUUUGCUUUUCCGACCGCCAAUAGCUCGACGGACAAGCCAAGCGAGGAUGCCAUGCACCGCAUUGCGCUGCUGCCGCUCACCGAUUUGCCCGACUGCAAGGUCGUCGACCGCGUGCGGCAGGCGCAAGCGGCUGGAGCUAUUGGUGCGUUCCUAUACGACGCCAACCAACUCAACGCAACGGUGCCGUUCGAGAGCAUGCGUCCUGCCGCCGAUAUUACGAUCCCUGCCGUCUUUCUUGGCGGCCUCGACGCCGCGCGGCUCGAGCAACUCGCCUCCGAGACGCCGGUCGUGGCGCUAUUGCGCUGGACGACGCCGCACCCCGAGACACACGUGAGUUUCGACGUGUAUUUCCCCUCAACUGCCCGAAUGGAUCGCGGGUACAGCGGGUACCCGACGCUGUUGGCGACCUUUGGCGACCUUGUGCGCUUCACGCCUCACUUUGAAAUGUAUCGUGCUGGUGCGUGGGGCUGUGGCAACAUGAGCGACUCGAGUCUCUGCGCCGCACUCUGCGUGGACGGAGCGUGCACGUACGAUCCUGAAGACGACGCCACCGUCGGGCUGGACGGCAAAGACGUCUUGGCCCACGACGUCUUGGCAUUUUGCGCCUACGAGCACUCGAAGCCGAACGCGUCUGCCUUUUGGGAUGUUACAAACCGCAUCUUAACCGAGUGCACCGCGGGUGUCGAUCCAGCGACAUGCCGCACACGGGUCUUGGCGUCGUUUACGCCCACGAUUGGUGCUGCGAUAGCUGCGUGCGCGGACAACAACGCAACUGAAUUUUACAACGCCGAGCUGCAGCAUGCGUACGCUGCGGGUGUUGCCACGUACCCACUCGUGACGAUCAAUGACCAGCCGCUCUACGGCGUAGAGGACUGGGCGUGCGACGAGCCGAUUUCCAUGACGACCUGUGCACCGCUCAGCGUGCUCUGCCGGUAUCUCGAGUACUCGAACGUGACGCUUCCGGACGGUGUGUGCGCCCCCGAGUACUGGCAGAGCCGGUGCCUUCCGCCGCAUGCCAUCGAUGACUGCGGUGUCUGCAACGAGCGCGACAGCGCCAAGUGGAGCCGUGCGUGCCGCGGCUGCGACAAUGUUGUCCACAGCAACAAGACAUUGGACGUUUGCGGCGUGUGUGGCGGCGACGGCUCGUUUGAUAUUUGCGGCGAGUGCCUUCCCGCCAAGGACUCGCGACGCGAUACGGUAUGCGCCGACUGCAAAGGCGAACCGUGGGGCCCUGCGACGCGCGAUGCGUGCGGAGUCUGUGGAGGUCAUGGGUCGUUUGAUGCGUGUGGCCUGUGCUUCCAAGCCGACGACCCGCGCCGCCAAAAUUACGGGUGCCAACUCGAGGUGGACCCAGAUGCUGUGCACCUCAAGCUUUUUAUUCGUGGAGUCGGUGCUGGGGUGUUUGGUCAGUCGGCGGCUGUGACGACGUUGGCGUCGACGCUCGCCGCGGCAGCAAAGACCGAAGCGACCAGCGUGCACAUCAGGUCGAUCGAGACGGUCGACGAUGCACUUGUUGUCAACAUUUUUCUUCUUCCGACGGCGUCGUCACCCGAGGGCGCGAGUGAGAAUGUCGUGGCGCGCCUUGGCGCUAUCGACGUCAGCGCGCUCGUCCAAGACGUCUAUUUGCACUCGGAGGAUGCGUCCAGUCGCGCCGUCGACGUCAAAGUGCUGUCGAUGGAGGGCGGCGCGAAGAAGGCGCGCACGGUCCCCAAAAUGUGGUACGUUGGCGCGCUCGGCGGGCUUGUCGUUAGCACAGCGCUGACGACGUGGCUUGUUCAACGGCGCGAUCGGCGUCUCAAGAGCGACAUGCGCCAGCUCUUUGCGCGGUACACGCCACUCGUGGCGAUGGACGAAGAGGACUCGUAAACCACGCAAACGAAUCUGCUCCUUGGUUUUUCAAA